AUGCGAGAUUAUAUUGAUCGAGCUCGCAAUAUCAUUUACAACCUUGCAGCUGCCGAUACUGUUGUCACUGAGUCUGAAUUACGUCACUGCAUUCUUGCCGGCCUAGAUACUGCAUAUGAUGCCAUUGUUACCUCUCUUACAACUUCUAUGGGAGCCAUGAAACUAGAGGAUUUUAUCACCUAUAUUCUCACGUAUGAACUUCGUAUUGAGAACCAAGCAAAGUCACUGCAUUCUCAGCCUGUAGCUAACGUUGCAGCAUCCGGCCCAACUCGUUCAGCUGCUUCCAGCUUCUCUCGUCCAGCUGCUUCCAAUUUUUCACGUCCUCCUACUCGGUCCAGUCUAUCUUCGGCCCAACAAUUCUCCUCCCUAUCAAUCCCAGCUCGUCCAGAUGCUUCCAACACUUCGAAUCAUUCCUCUCUUCUCGGCCCAGCACAACCUUACAACUCACGCACAGAUGUGCGUCUUCCCUGUCAACUAUGUGGUCGCAAGAAUCAUGCAGCUAAUGACUGUUGGAAUCGUUUGGAUCGCUCGUUUCGUCCUCCUCAACGUCAUCCACCUACCUCUGCUUCUCGUGCUUAUGCUUCUCAAACUGGUUUGUUAUCUACACCUCCGUGGACUCCUGAUAGUGGUGCUACAGAUCAUAUAACCAAUUAUCUUUCUCGUCUCCAAUUUUCUAAUGAAUAUACUGGUCCGGAUCAAAUUCAAAUGGGUAAUGGCUCUUCUAUUCCAAUCUCUAAUGUUGGAUCCUCUGUUUUGGGAAAUCCCAACCGAUCGAUAUACCGGGAAGGUUAUUCUUCGUGGCAGUAG